CUAUAAAAAGUAAAGUAAAAUUUUAUUUUUAAAAAUCAGGGACAAUUACAUAAAUUUUGUGGGUCACACUAGGCUAAGCCUGUCCCGUGACUCCACGUUUGCGUAUUCUGUUAGAAACGACUUUCACAUUUAUUUCACAUACACUAUUUGUCAUUAUCACUAUUUCAGGAAUCGGUCAUGCAUUAUACAUAGUUUCAUUAUUUAUUUGUCAUCUCAUAUAUUAUCAUUAUCAAUUUGAUUCGCUAUAAAUAAUUGAGAUCAGCGAGUAUGUGUGCGCGCGCGUGUGUGUGUGCGCGCGUGUGUGCGUGUGCGCGCGCGAGUGUGUGUGUGUGUGAGUCUGUUUAAGCUACGAAAUUAUUUGCAGGAUACUUUCAGCUUCUUUUUGUUCAGUGUCAAGUAGCCAUUUUCUCACCCUAGUUUUUGCGUUUCUAACACUUGUUUCUUUUAUUUCGCACCUUUUAACGACUGCAUUGUACAAGUGGGGAUGUGCAAAGUCGGCGAAACGGCGGGCAAAGGCAGUACGCACUUUAGCUACUGGGAUUUUAUACACCUUUCCCUAUUCGGGUCAUACUCGUAUUCUAAUCAAAAUAUGAACCGCGAACUCUUAGCUGCCAGUUUAGCACGUAACGUAGCACUUCUUGAGUAACUGUAUUUAAAACGAGUUUUCAGACUCCUCAUAUUCGGAAUGGCGAGUGACAGGAUUAAAAUUUAAAAAUACAUACAUCAACUUUAAUCAAGAUUUUUUUUCUUUGAUUUCUGAACGUAUACCAGUGUGACAGAUGUCUAAAUCUGACAUUUUUAUAUUUUGAUUUAUAAUAAAUAUACACGAACACCUAAGCCUAGCCGGGUUCGAUUUCGUUUCAACUAUAAAAUUUUCAAUAAAUUCAAUAAUAUACAAUGGCAGACACCAAUUCAGAUGAAGUUCCAAUUAGCGCUAACGAUACAAAAAUAAAUCCAAAUGAGUUUGACGUAGCUGUAAGUGCGAUGCUAAUAGGAUUGGGAGGUGAAAAGUAUCUUGAAGUCUUUAGGACUAACAAUAUUGGACAGUCAACUCUAAUUGAACUAAGUGAUGAAGAUUUAAUCAAAUUUGGAAUAGAUGAUCAAGACAUAAGAACAAAAAUUUUGGAAGAAGUAAAGAAUUUACCAUUGUACCAAGAAUUACAAGUGUCUGAGACCCGGCCAUGUCUAGGUCCAAUAGAAAUAGUUGACAUGCUGGAAGAAAGCUCUCAACACUUGUAUAGAAUUUACCUGAGUAUGUUAGCUAAUACCCUCACAUUGAAGAAGGCAAAUAAUUUGUCGGACUGCCUCCUCCACAAAGAGAAGCAUGCUUCUGAUAUUGCUCUGGCAACACUGAGUGAAAUGACUACAAUUUUGAACUCUAUGGAUAUAGAACUUCAUACGGAGUUUAAGACCUUGAGAAAAGAGUCCAAUAUAACCAAGAAAAAGAAACUGGCUGUGGGAACUGUCGGCAGUAUGGCCAUUGCUGUGCUAGCUGUUCUAUUUUUUAGAUCUAUAAAACAACUUAAACAUUAAUUGUUUAAGAUUCAGUACAUACCUUAAGCAUCUUUUAUAAGUAUUUUCAUGUUAAUCUUUAAAAGUUCUUAUAAGGUGAAAACCUUAAAACAUGACAAUAUGCAAAUAUACUGGUUGGAGUAAUCUACCUCUUAUUUUUGCCGUAAACAUAUCAAAGAUAACUAAUGUGAAUAGUAAAAAGAAAUAUGAAUAUAUUUUUUUCAGAUUAAUAAAUGUUUAUAAAUAGUGAA